CCCUCCCGUUUCCCGGGUCGGAGCUGGUUAGGGCGCUCUGAGCCCGAGUCCGCUGCUGCUAUAACAUAGCUUUCUUUCUAAAACAGUUUCUCCACAUUUGAUGUCUAAUUUACGUUCAGUAAAAUGCCCGCAUUUUAAGCGUGCAGAUCGGGGAUUUUGACAAAUUAUACACCAGUGUAACCACUACCCCAACGUAGACAUAGACCAUUUCCAUCACUCCAGAAAGUUCCCUCGUGCUCCUCUCCGGUCGAUCCACAACCGCCCUCACCCCUUGAUUUCCAUCAGAGCUUAGUUUUGCCUGUUCUAGAACUUCAUAAAGUGGGCUCAUGCAAUUCUAUCUGGGUGCUGUCACUCAGCCACUCCUCUGCCAAUGAAGUACAUCUUGGUCACUGGUGGGGUCAUCUCGGGCAUCGGUAAAGGGAUCAUAGCAAGCAGCAUUGGGACGAUUCUAAAAUCAUGUGGACUCCGAGUUACUGCCAUCAAAAUCGACCCCUAUAUAAACAUCGAUGCGGGCACUUUUUCACCUUAUGAGCACGGUGAAGUGUUUGUCUUAAACGAUGGUGGAGAAGUUGAUUUAGACCUUGGAAAUUAUGAAAGGUUCUUGGAUAUUAAUCUUUAUAAAGACAACAACAUCACCACUGGGAAGAUAUAUCAACAUGUGAUCAAUAAAGAGAGGCGUGGUGAUUACCUGGGGAAAACAGUACAAGUUGUCCCUCACAUUACUGAUGCUGUCCAGGAGUGGGUUAUGAAUCAAGCCAUGGUGCCUGUGGAUGGUCAUAAGGAAGAGCCCCAAAUAUGUGUUAUUGAGCUGGGUGGCACCAUUGGAGACAUUGAAGGAAUGCCAUUUGUGGAAGCGUUCAGACAAUUCCAGUUUAAAGCAAAAAGAGAGAAUUUCUGUAAUAUCCAUGUUAGCCUUGUCCCACAGCCCAGUGCUACUGGAGAACAGAAAACCAAACCCACACAAAACAGUGUCCGUGCGCUGAGGGGGUUAGGCCUGUCUCCCGAUCUGAUUGUCUGCCGAAGUUCAACGCCCAUCGAAAUGGCUGUGAAGGAAAAGAUUUCUAUGUUUUGUCACGUGAACCCUGAACAGGUUAUAUGUAUCCACGAUGUUUCUUCCACCUACCGAGUACCUGUGCUUUUGGAGGAACAAGGCAUCGUUAAAUAUUUCAAAGCGAGAUUGGAUCUGCCUAUUGGGGAUUCUGCAAGUAAUUUGCUUUUCAAGUGGAAAAAUAUGGCUGACAGGUAUGAAAGGUUACAGAAAACGUGUUCCAUAGCCCUGGUUGGCAAAUACACCAAGCUCAGGGACUGCUAUGCCUCCGUGUUCAAAGCCCUGGAACACUCAGCGUUGGCCAUCAACCACAAGUUGAAUCUGAUGUACAUAGACUCCAUUGAUCUGGAGCAGACUACCGAAACUGAGGACCCUGUGAAAUUCCACGAAGCUUGGCAGAAACUCUGCAAAGCUGAUGGUGUUCUUGUGCCAGGAGGCUUCGGAAUCAGAGGAACGUUGGGAAAACUCCAGGCGAUUUCUUGGGCACGGUCAAGGAAGAUUCCUUUUCUGGGAGUUUGCCUCGGGAUGCAACUGGCAGUGAUAGAAUUUGCGAGAAACUGCCUUAACUUGAAAGAUGCUGAUUCCACAGAAUUUGAGCCAAAUGCCCAUGUUCCCGUGGUGAUUGAUAUGCCGGAACACAACCCUGGCAAUUUGGGAGGAACGAUGAGGCUGGGAAUAAGAAGAACUGUUUUCAAAACUGAAAAUUCAAUAUUAAGGAAACUUUAUGGUGACGUUCCUUUUAUAGAAGAAAGACACAGACAUCGGUAUGAGGUGAAUCCUAGCCUGAUCAACCAACUUGAGCAGAAUGACUUAAGUUUUGUAGGUCAGGAUGUCGACGGGGAGAGGAUGGAAAUCAUUGAACUGGCAAAUCACCCCUAUUUUGUUGGUGUCCAAUUCCAUCCUGAGUUUUCUUCUAGGCCAAUGAAGCCUUCCCCUCCAUACCUGGGGCUAUUACUUGCGGCAACUGGGAAUCUGAAUGCCUACCUCCUUCAGGGAUGCAAGCUGUCUUCCAGUGAUAGAUACAGCGAUGCCAGUGAUGACAGCUUUUCAGAGCCAAGGAUAGCUGAGUUGGAAAUCAGCUGAAACUGUUACGUGACUUGGAAUCACCAGGACUGCCUGAGAGGGCUCUGAAGUAACCGAAGCCAAGAUGAAGGAACUGUCUAAGGAAAUCACCACACUCGUAGAAUCACUCUUUUCUCCACCAAACAUAGGAUGUACAGCCUCGAGGGGAAUCUAAUAAUAUGCACUUCCAUGAACCAGAAUCAAAGGGGUAGUUUUCUUUUUCCUCCAGUGGUGACCUUUGGUUCUUGCAAAUUUUUGUAGCCAAUUAAACUUUUCCCAGCAACUUCA